UGCCGGAAAAAGAAGUCCCAAUGCAUUUGAUUAAGGUUGCCUUUUUGCUGACCUUCUUGGCCCUAUGCCAAAGGUCGCAAGUUGAGGCUGCAAUAAGCACGGAAAUGGACCAUCAUCUGCGGUGUCUGGAAGUGGUGGCAGAUGUUAGUGCCCUAAUGAUUGAGAAUUCCGUAUCGGCUAUAAGAAUUUUAGCCGAAUGUGUGAACUUCAAACCGAAACUUCAUCUUACCGGCAGCUUCGUUCGAUUUAUUAGGCUGGCCCAUGAAUUCGCCAAGAAAGCGAUAUACGACAAGCCAGAUUGUAUUGUUCAGACCUUUACCAAUGCUGUCGGACUAAUCAGACCGCUGAUAACCAAGUUUGACAGCUUGAAUUGCUUUGAUGAUUAAAAUAAAUCGCUUAACUUAAAAGUUUCAAUAAAAAUUCAAAGCAUAUCGAAAGUUUGCCAGGCUUAGCAAACUUUCUCCCUUCCUCUUAA